AAAUGGGCCAGGUGUUACUAACUACUAUUUAGGUUCAGCCGUUAUGGUAUUUCACGUGGGAAUAUGAUUUUAGAAUAUAAUAAUAUGUGAAAGUUCACGACCACCGCAUCAUUUCUAAUAGACUCCUAACAUGAUUUCAGCCGGUUCGUAUAAAAUUAUUAACUUCGAUCACUCGUUUCAACUGACUAAAGAUAAGUAUAAUGUGUUUCCACGUGGAUUAUUCCCUAACUAUUGUACACAAGGAACGUCGCCAUUUCAUCGAUUCGUAUCAUUUCAUCGCUCAGUGUGUUUAAAUGUCAACUGCCGACUAUAAUAUAUUAUUUAAUACUACGAUCAUUAUUUAUUAUUAAUGUCAAUACAUAUUUUAUACCAUCUCUGGAGUACGUCGUUGGGCAUGAUAUUAAUUAGUUGUCCAUAGUAAUUACAUUAAAUAUGAUAUUUAUUAUUAUUAUUAUUAUUCAGUUAUGCAGUUAUAGCGACAUUACAACGGAUUUCAUUACAGCUUGAUUCGUAUAGGUUCGUUUCUAUUUUUUCAACCGCGACGAUUGUUAUAAUAUAUUUUAUAUUUUUAAUAAUCGUACACCGUUUCUGAUACCCAUUGAUGUUUUGCAUGAUAUUGUAUUUUUAAACUAGUGAGACCUGCAGUGGUACAAAAUAUGCAUAGUCUUGCGUUUAUCUUGGAUUUUUGAUCAUCCCAUAUUAUUUUUAUUUACGAUAAGUUUUUUUUAUUCAUUAAUGAUAAUACAAAAUACAUUAUACCAUCUGUGGAGUACGUCAUAAUAUUUAGUUUCUCAUAGUUAUUACAGUUUAUUAUUCAGCGAUACUACAGUUGUUGCGACAUUUCAACGAAUUCGAUGUAACUCCCAACUUGGUUCCUAUAUAUUUAUUUCCAUUUUUUUUUUUUCAAACACGAUGAUUGUUACAAUAUUUAUAUCGUUAAUAAAUCGUACACCGUUCUUGGUUUCCAUUGUUGUUUUGCAUUUAUUUGACGACUAGUGAGUCCUCAAGUACAUAUUAUUACAUCUUGCGUUUAUCUUGGAUUUUCGAUUUUCACAUAAUAUUAUUUUUACUCGGUAUCACAGUUUUAAAACUAUACAGUAAUUAUUAUAUUAUGCUCAUAUUAUUAUUAUCUAUUGAAUAAAAUAAAACAUUGUUUUAGUUAUAUCAAAUAAUAUACGCCAGAUAUACUUAAGCAAUGAUACUAUUAUAUUAGUAUAAUAGUUCAUAAGCAAUUAAUAACCGACUAAUCUGGCAAUUAAUUUUUUUUUAUACGAUUUAUGCCCUGCAUCGUAAAUCGUUUUUAAUCUGUAGUAAAUUUAUAACUAUUUAUUCGACAGAAAUAUAAAAGUACAUUUGCCUUAUCUUUCUUAUAUUGCAUUAAUAAUUAUUUGUUUCAGUGUAUAUGUAGCUAAACAUUCCAUAAAACUAUACAAACACGAAUAACGUACAGGAUGACUCAUCUUUGCUCGGUAAUUGAACUACUCCUACUUAGAUAUUGAUUAAAGAUCAUUAAGACGAUUUCUUUACAGUUUAAAUGUUUACUGCUAAACCUUUUUACACUUUUCUUUUCACAUCUUUACUAAUGUAAUGUUUUAACAAAUCCUUCAUAUAAAACAAAAAAAUCCCUCGUACACGGAUAUAAAUCACGGCACAUUUUAUUAGCCGUUCAUUUAAAAUGCGACCCGGUAUACAUGGAAGCUGAUCGCCCGUAGACAUACUAUUUCAAAUCAAUCGAAAUAAAAAAACACUCACUAAGGAUUUCUAUAAUAUAAUCCGUUUAAUCGUACGUAGUAAAAAAAAAAAAAAAACCGAUCGAUCGAUUCUCGACACGAAUCUGUCGGAACCCGACUCCGCGUGCGUCGGCUCGUAAAAUAUACACCGCGGGAUAGUGAAUAUAAUUAUCGGAUAAUAACAUGUUAAUUUAAUACGCCCCACCGUGCAAAACGACACUAUCAAACGAAACGCUGCUGCGGCAAUUCAAAUUAUUUCCAUGUGGGUUUCCGUCGGUAGCCAACGUGAUAAUAUUAUUGUAAUUCGUCAGUGCAAGUAAACAGCUACAAUAGUAACCGUGUUCUUCUCAACCACCAUCAUGGCGUUGGGUGUUGCCGACUACGUCGUGUUCGGAAUAACGUUGAUCGUGUCCUCCUCGAUCGGUGUGUACUACCGAUUUUCCGGCGGCAAACAGAAGACUACACAGGAAUACAUGUUGGGCGAUAAGAACCAGAGUGUCGUACCGGUGGCAUUUUCUCUGAUGGCCAGUUUCGUAACGGCCAUCUCUAUGUUCGGUUUGAGCUCGGAAGUGUAUACACGUGGUACCCAGUUUUCCGUCAUAAUCAUCGCCUAUAUUAUCGCCACUCCCGUCAUUGGUUACUUAUAUCUGCCGGUUUUCUUCAAGCUCGGCAACUUGUCUCUGUACGAGUACUUGGAAGUACGAUUUGGACGUUUGACACGAGUGACUACGUCGUUAGCGUUCAGCGUUCAAAUGAUAUUUUACAUGGCGAUCGUAUUGUACGUCCCAGCACUGACUUUAGAAGCUGUGACCGGAUUACCUCAGUCUGCUUCCAUUGUGCUUGUGGGGUUGGUGUGUGUGUUCUACUCUACGAUGGGUGGAAUAAAAGCAGUGAUCAUAACGGAUUUGUUACAAGCCCUUCUCAUGUACGCAUCGGUAAUUGCGGUUGUUGGGGUAGCUUUGUAUGAAACUGGUGGUCUAUCUGAAAUUUUGGAAAUUUCCUACAGAUAUGGUCGUAUUAAUUUUGGAAAUUUCAGUAUCGAUCCGACAGUAAGGCACAGUUGGUUUAGUAUACUAAUCGGAGGGGUUUUCACUCAAAUUUCUUUGUAUGCUGUAAAUCAAACGCAAAUACAGAGGUUUUUAACCAUGAAAGACUAUAAGACUGCCGUUACCGCACUGUGGUGUAGCUUACCACUAGUGAUGGUAAUAUCACUUAUAACAGCUUUGUCAGGUCUAGCGAUGUUUUCAAAAUAUUAUAACUGCGAUCCUAUAAAGUCUGGUCGUAUAUCAAGCAGUGAUCAAUUGAUGCCGUUAUACGUGCUGGACACUAUGGGAUCUAUACCUGGCUUAACCGGAUUAUUCAUAGCCGGAAUAUUUUCAUCGGCAAUGAGCUCUGUAUCGCCAAUCCUCAAUUCAUUGGCAGCAAUUACGAUGGAAGAUUACAUAAAGCCGUUUAUAAAACAAGAAAUAUCGGAUAAAAAACGGGUUUAUCUCAUGAAAAUUUUAGUCCUCGUGUACGGUAGUGUUUGCAUUAUAUUAUCGUUUCUGGCGAAAUAUAUGGGCGCGGUGCUUCAAACUGCGUUGACCAUAUUCGGAGUAAUCGGCGGACCCGUGUUGGCCGUGUUUACAUUGGGUAUACUCUUACCCUACAUCAACCAAAAAGGUGCACUGACCGGCUUAAUAUUUGGCCUGACUUUUUCGUUUAUCAUUGGAUUCGGUGGGCCUAAACCUCCGGUUGAAAAUCUACCAUCGUACACAAAUUCGUGUACAAUAUUUAAUAACUCUGCAAGUUCUACCCAGCUUCCAUCAUCACAUUAUGAAGGAGCACUUCAUGAAGACGGCUAUGUGUAUCUGUACCGAAUCAGUUACCUGUACUACAUUGUGUUGGGAUUUUUGGUUACAUUCGUAGUGGCAAUGACAGUGAGCGCAAUAUUCCGUGGAAAAAAACGUGACCAUAAUCCGGAUCUGUUCACCCCCUGUGUGGCGAAUCGAUUGAAAAGACGUCGUGACAGAGAUUAUGAACAAAGCUAAUAAUCAGAUGCAAUCGUAUUCCAUGUCCGGAAAUGUGUGUUGUAUUGCGUCAGACCUUAUACGCUAUCGAAGUUCAAAGUUAAAUUUCAAGCAACAACCACAUGCCUUACUUGCUCAUUCGUAUAAUUUAAGUGUGUUGAUCAUGGUGUAAUAUUAUAUUAUUAUAAUGAAUAAAUAGUUGUAAAUUUUUUUAAUAUUAAAAAAUAUGUAUCAAUUUC